AAAAAAACUCUCGCCACUCUCUUAAACGGCGCAUCACUCGCCUCUCUCGCCGGCCUCUUCGCCUCUCUUCCCUCUCUUCUCAUUUCUUCUCUACCCUAAGCGUAGGAGUCACUGCCUUCACUGGGAUUAGGGUUUUCACUGCCGCUUUAAAGCUAUCUCCUCUUGCUUGCUGCAGAUACCUCUUUGCCGUUGAUCUUCUCCUUCAUCUACAAACAUGGGUAAGACAAGGGUUAUGGGAGCUGGGCGCAAGCUCAAGAGACUUCGGAUUAACCAGAGGUCGGCUGACAAGCAGUACAAGAAGUCUCACCUUGGAAAUGAAUGGAAGAAGUCUUUUGCUGGUUCAUCUCACGCCAAAGGAAUCGUCCUCGAGAAAAUCGGUAUUCAGGCUAAGCAGCCUAACUCUGCUAUCCGUAAGUGUGCCAGAGUUCUCUCUGCUGAGCUCAAGCUCGCCAGUGCUACCAGACAUCUCAGGGGCGAUUUCAUUGCCGCAGCUGGUUCCCUCCUCGUUGCCGGAUUUCUCGUUGGUCGCCGGCACUAAAUGGUAUGUUAUUCAAGCAUGUGUAGUUGUCUAUAUGAUAUUAGCGGGAGAAGUAAUCUCUAUUUUGCAGAUGUGUGGCAGGGCUGGUCGGCCUCCAUUUGAUGACACGGGAAUGGUUAUUAUUAUGACUAGAAGAGAGACGGUCCAUCUUUAUGAGAAUCUUUUGAAUGGAUGCGAGGUUGUUGAAUCACAAUUGCUGCCAUGCUUAAUAGAGCACCUAACCGCAGAAAUAGUUCAACUUACUGUCAACAAAUAGUUCAACUUACUGUCAACAAAUAGUUCAACUUACCGCAGAAACACAGUGUGGGGCAUGCGGCCGAUGAGUUCUGGAUCUGCUGUGACGUUUGUGAGAACUGGCUCCAUGGGAAGUGUGUGAAGAUAACACCAGCCAGGGCUAGAGGUGUCAAUCGGGCCUUUUGUCCGCGGGCCAGGCCCGUUAAAGCCCUAAUGGACGCGGGCUUGGACAACAUAUAUUUUGCCCAAUAAAAAAUGGGCUUUAUGGGUUGAUCCGCUGCGGAUCGCGGAUUAAACGGGUCAACCCGUUGCGGGUAUGUGGGUUGACCCGCUAAUAUAUAUAUGUCAAAGAAAAAAAAACGUUUCAGAAAAAAUUAAGACUUUUUGUUACUACUAGAAUCUCUUAUAACUUAAUUAAAAACCUUAAAUAUAGC